AACUUUGGAUAAUCACCCAAACGAGGUCCCCCCAGCACAACUCCUAAUGGACUAUUCCAUUUUCCCUGUGCAUUCUGGGACCGUCAUGGACGGCCAUUGAUCAGCGAAACCAGCCGCUAUCGACGCCAAAAAGUGCAGAAAAUAGAGCUCAUAUCCCGAAAAGCAUCAAAACAGGACGUGAAGAUGGCAACCCUGGAGGAGUUGGAUAUUGACGGGCUGGAUCACUUCCAGUCCAUCGUGUCCAGCCUGAACACGCAGCGCCAGCACGGUCACCUGUGUGACGUCACCGUUAUUGUGGAGGGACAGCGCUUCCCCGCACACAAGGGGGUCCUGGCUGCCUGCAGCGCGUACUUCGCAGCAGGAUUUGACCAACCACAGAAGGUGCUGGAGGUAGAACUGACUGAGGUGAGUGCAGCAGGGUUCCAUGAUGUGCUGGACUACAUGUACACUGCCAAACUGGACCUCAACUCUGACAGGAUGGAUGCCAUUUACGAAACCGCCCAGGUCCUGCACAUGAAGGCAGUGCUGAAUCUGUGUUCCCAGCAGUUCAAGUCUCAGGUUCAAGGUCACAGCGCCGGUAACCUUGACCUCCACGAGUCCACAGCCUCCAUGGCUGCACAGCUUCUCAGUCUGGGGUCACAGGAGGGUCAGAGGUCAGACACCAGAGGUCACCUGGACGCUACGGAAGCGAACAGCCUGGGCGAGACGAGUGCCUCCUCUCAGCGGACCUACGACCCCGUCGACGUCGGGUUCGAGGACGUUUCUGACGAUGACAACGACGCAUCGUUACCGGAAACACCUCAAACUCCAGAGAAGACAGAAGAGAAGGACAGCGAGCUGGGCAGUAUCAGAACAUCCAUAGUCCACCUCGACUCCACGCGCACACUGAAGAUCCUGUACUGUCCAACGUGCGACAAGCCCUUUAAGGGGAUGGGGGAGCUGCGGCAGCACUUCCGCACGCACUCUAAAGAAAGACCGUACGAGUGCCCGGUGUGUAAGGCUCGCUUCAUCCAGCAGGGACACCUGUCAGGCCACAUGAAACUGCACAACCAGAAGGAGGACAGGUCUAUCAAGUGUCCGGUUUGUGAAGCUGGGUUUGUUAAUGAGGCUACCUUGAAGAGGCACCUGAACAGUGUCCAUCCCACAUACACAACCACCAAGAAAGGUUCCCUCCGCAGUAAGACAAAAGCAGAGCUGAAGGAGGCCAUCAAAGUCAAGAAGAGGGGAAACACCCCCGAGGUGCUGAAAAAGGAAGAGGCCAUAAAACCCAGGGAGGAAAUCCAGGAGGAAGAACAGGAAGAAGACCAAGAGGAGGAGGAGGAAGAGGAGGAAGAAGUAGAGGAGGAGCUGGAAGAAGAAAAUUUGGAGGAGGAGGAAGGAGACGAAGAUGAUACAGAUAAGGAUUGGAAACCCCCAGGGGGAAGGAAAGGGAGCAAGCCCCCUGGAAGAACUGGAGUGGUUUUGAGAAAGAAGAGAGGACCAAAGCCUAAGGAUGGCAUGGAAGUACAGUGGACCACAAGUACUAUGAAGGUGGAAGGAGGUGUAGCUGUGAGGGUGUACAGGUGUAACUACUGUGACAAGGUGUGCUCCAGCACCUGCAACAUGAAGCAGCACAUUCGCACACACCAUACGUUCGAGCGACCCUACGAGUGUGACGUCUGUGGGGCAAAGUUCAAGCAGCGGGGGCACCUCUCAGAUCACCACAAGGUCCAUGCAGACAGGAAGAACUGUCCCUACAAGUGUGACAACUGUGGUGCCAGUUUUGUGAAGCUGCACGCCCUGUCUCGCCACAUCAGGAAGAUGCACAAGGAGCAGGCCCACAGACUGUCCACCUGUGAGCUGUGUGACAAAACCUUCCCCAGACCUGCCAUGAUGAGGGUUCACAUGCAGACAGACCACAAAAAUUACAGGCCCUAUGGCUGUAGUGAGUGUGACAUGACCUUCCCGACAGUGGGACGUCUCAACAAACACAAGGAGAUCCACAUCCCCGACCGUAAACACGACUACCAGUGUGAGAUCUGUGGGAAGAUGUACCUCACCAAGGCUGGCCUCAACAACCACACAAGGCAUCAUACAGGAGAGAAGCCAUACGCCUGUGACCAGUGUGAUGCUAAGUUUGCGGAGUCCAACAGUCUGAAGGUGCACAAGCUGAGGCACAGUGGGGAGAAACCUUUCCUGUGUGAUGUGUGUGGAGCAGCCUUCACCUACCCUAACUCACUCAAGACACACAAACUUCUACAUACAGGUGAGAUGCCAUAUGAGUGUAAGGAGUGUGGGAAGCGGUAUCACAACCAGUCGGCGCUGAUCCGCCAUGUCAAGCUGCACUCCGGGAUGAAACCGUUUGUCUGUCCCGACUGUGGGAAGGGCUUUGUGUACCACGGAGAGAUGACCAGGCACAGGCGCAUUCACACAGGAGAAAAGCCGUUUGUGUGUGACGUGUGUGGCUCAGCGUUCUGUUACUCCUCCCAACUGAGGGAACAUAAGAAGAUCCACACAGACGAGCGCCCUCACCAGUGUGACUUCUGCAAACGCAGGUUCAGGGCAUCCAACCAACUCAAACGCCACAGAUACACCCACACAGGAGAGUUCCCCCAUGUGUGUGACAUCUGUGGGAAGGGCUACACUCGCUCUGACAAACUCAAGGACCACAAGAAACAGCACGCCAAGGAGAGCGCUGGUGCCGCCGUGCCCAAGGCACCUCGUGCCCCCCGCAAACCUAAGGAGACCAUCUCUUACAACAAGGCUCCUGUCCCAACUGUGCUCACACAGACUCCACCACCUCCACAGAUCCCCCAGCAGCCCCCACCACCCCCCCAGCCUCAGCAGCAGCAGCCGGGGUCCUAUCCCCCUGUGCAGACCUUCAACACCCCCGCCGCCAUGGCGCGGUCCUACGGCAGCCUCACCAUCCCUGUCAGCACCAUCAGUCAGACCCCCACCAUCUCCCCACACCCCCGGGCAGACAUGCCCCACCCCUCCCCCACGCCCCCUCCCCACACAUGCCCCCCCUCCCCAGCCCCACCACCUCCAGCACCACCAGGGGUAUGA